AUGAACGGGUCAGCAACGUAUACUACGCCUACCGUGCUGGAUAUACAGUUGAAAAGAGGACCACAAGGUAAGAAAAUAGCUUUCAGUCGCAACUCAGACAUAACUACUGUUAGUUAGCAAGCUUGCAAACGGAUGGCCUGGAUAGCUAGCAAGCUCGCUAGUUAGCAACAGUUAACUGGCUGGCUGUCUUUAUUCAACUUCUGCCAAUGUCGUGGCUAAUCUGGUCAUUGCAAAUAGGCUUCAAUUUGAACGUCACGGAGAUCGGAUUUUCCUCCUUUUGCUACCGAGACAAAUUAGGCUCUAGCUAGCAAUGCUAACUACACUGAACUAAAAAUGUUAACGCAACAAUUUCAAAGAUUUUACUGAGUUAACGUUACAGUUCAUAUAAGGAAACCAAUCAAUUACCGCACGGCAAGUGGUACCGAUGCACCAAGUCUGGAACCAACUGGACCCUGAACAGCUUCUACCCCCAAGCCAUAAGACUGCUAAAUAGUUAGUCCGGGUAGCUAUUUGGUUAACUAUAACUAUCUGCAUUGACCCCAUUUUGCAAAAUGUUUCGACUCAUCACAUACGCUGCUGGUACUAUUUUAUCUAACCUGUUGCCGAAUCACUUUAUUCCUAGUUAUAUGUACAUAUCUACCUCAAUUAAAUCGUUCCUCUACACAUCGACUCGGUACCCCGUGUAUGUAGCCAAGUUAUCGUUACUCAUUGUGCAUUUAUUGUUACGUGUUUUACUUUUCUAUUAUUUCUCUAUUUUCUUUCUCUCUGCAUUGUUGGUAAGGGCCGGUAAGUAUUUCACUGUUAGUAUACACUUGUUGUUUACGAAGCAUGUGACCAAUCACAUUUGAUUUGAUUUUUCUAGCCAGUCACCUCCAGUGAGAAUACCCGUAUGUAGCUAGCUAGCCUCCAUAUCUCCAAGACGAGUUGAGUUAAACUAGCGUUUCCAUGGCAUUUCCAUUGUUUUUGGAGUUCCAUUGACCUCUUUACCGCAUCUGCAAUAUUAUUUUAUGAAAAGACUGACUGCAUGGUAGGCUACUUCUGGAAUGGUUCCGCUUGUACCUUGUCCCACAUAGAUGACGUCAUUCUAAUCAGCAGACUUCUCCUUCAGUCCACACCUCCCAUGACCUGUCCCCAACAUAUAAUACUUGCUGCACUGCCAUAGUUACAUAGCCUUCCCCAUAGAAUUAGAACACUUUAUAUUUCUCUAUGGCCUUUCCCUCUUUGAAUAUCCAGAAGGUAAAUCAGAAGGCUAUCAGUCAGCAAAUGGCCAUGUAAUGAGAACUCCAUACUAAGUACCUCACCUGAAACUUUCAUUUACUGUUCUCUCUCUCUCUCUCUCUCUCUCUCUCUCUCUCUCUCUCUCUCUCCUCUCUCUCUCUCUCUCUCUCUCCUCUCUCUCUCCUCUCUCUCUCUCUCUCUCUCUCUCUCUCAAUUCAAUUUCAAUUUAAGGGCUUUAUUGGCAUGGGAAACGUAUGUAACGUUGCCAAAGCAAGUGAAGUAGAUAGUAAAACAAAGUGAAAUAAACAAUAAAUAUUAACAGUAAACAUUACACUCAGAAGUUUCAAAAGAAUAAAGACAUUUCAAAUGUCUCUCUCUCUCUCUCUCUCUCUCUCUCUCUCUCUCUCGCUCUCUCUCUCGCUCUCUCUCUCGCUCUCUCUCCACUGUCCCUCUCCCUGUCCCCCCUCUCCCUCCCUCCAGGUCUGGGUUUUAACAUCGUGGGGGGUCUGGACCAGCAGGAUGUCCUGAAUGACAGUGGGAUCUAUGUGGCCAAAAUCAAAGAGAAUGGAGCUGCAGCGCUGGAUGACAGAUUACAAGAGGGAGACAAGAUAUUGGCGGUAAAGAUGGACUUUCACCUUUUGAGUUUUGGAGCAGAUAACCUCGUACCCACUGACUGGCUCAAUUGCUUGAGGGCCAGCCGACUGGUAGAUUAGGGAGCAGAGGGUAAGAAGGGGGAAUGUAAUGUGAUGUUUGAAUCCAUCAAUCAAUCGUCUAUCUAGGAAAUGUGUAUUAGGCUUUAGAUUCCAGCCAUCUACUGCAGAAGUGUGGCUUUAAUUACAUGAGCCUUUUCUCUGGAAGGGAGAUCCUAAAUGAUCAUGGUACUAUCAAUUUAUAGUUCUCGAUCAUAUAACAUUGCUAUCAGUGGCGGUCAGUGCCGUUUCAGAUGAGGGAGGACGAUUAUUUUUUCAUGAGCAUGGCCUUAUUUCUAUUACAGCAUUUUGGAUGACUGUCAUUCAUAUUCCAUUCACCCAGUGGUCCUCUGUAGCUCAGCUGGUAGAGCACAGCGCUUGUAACGCCAGGGUAGUGGGUUCGAUCCCCGGGACCACCCAUACACAAAAAUGUAUGCACGCAUGACUGUAAGUCGCUUUGGAUAAAAGCGUCUGCUAAAUGGCUUAUUAUUAUUAAUGUAACAUCGAUAGGUUUAGGCUACUACAUGAUACUCAAAUUUUCCCUAUACCCAUCAUGAGGUUGCUACAACCUAGCCUAUGAAUGAAAGUUUACAAUGUAGGUGCACACAGGUCGAGAGACAAAUUUGAUGUGACAGACAUUGACAUUCAAUACCGCCUUGCACACUCUUGCCUGCAUCUAGCUGAUAUUGGGUGAAAUCAUUAGUCCAACAGUUGCAAAUGAGAGUUUCUAUUGGACAAAUUCAGGUGUGUUUAUCCCUGUUUUGUUCAGUUUGCUUCUGUUUUAAGAAACGUUUUUCAACAGAAUCGGCGGAAUGAAUACAGCCCUGAUCACGCAUAAACACAGUUCACAGUUUCAUAGCAGCCACGUUGUAUUCCAUCUCACAUCUACGUUAUGCGCGCUCCUCCUCUCACCUCUUCCCUUCGCUUGUGGACUUCAGUGCACAACACAUCAGCUGUAUGUGACCAGGCGAAAAAACCUUUCCAAGCCAAACCGUUGUCACAAUAUUAGCUAAAGUAACGUCAUAGUCAGCAUAGCUAAUAGAACUAACGCGUUAGUAAACCCGCUACAAUCAUGCGGUAAUGUUACAGUGUAUAGUCAGUAAGCAGUUAGACCGGCGGGCCCCGGUGGCAAUAAAUUAGUAAAACCAAAAGCUUACCGUGACUACCGAGUUCCAGUGUUGUGUUGGAUAGUGAUAGCCAGCUAGCUAACAUAGCAUCCCUCUGUUUGAGCAGAGUGUUUCAGUGGGCUAAACUAGCUAGCUGCAUUUGCUAGCUAAGUGAAACUGAAAGUGGAAAAAAAAAUACUAUUUUUCUCUUGCUUCUCCUUCAUUUAGGAAGAAAUUAAUUUAACUGUUCAACUAUUUUCUUUCUCUCUCUGUGAGUCAACUACUCACCACAUUUUAUGCAGUGCUAGCUAGCUGUAGUUUAUGCUUUCAGUACUAGAUGAAUUAUCUGAUCCUUUGAUUGGGUGGAUAACAUGUCAGUUCAUGCUGCAAGAGCUCUAAUAGGCUGGAGGACAUCCUCCGGAAGUUGUCAUAAUUACUGUGUAAGUCUAUGGAAGGGGUUGAGAACCAUGAGCCUCCUAGGUUUUGUAUUGAAGUCAAUGUACCCAGAGGAGGAUGGAAGCUAGCUGUCCUCCGGCUACACCAUGGUGCUACCCUACAGAGUGCUGUUGAGGCUACUGUAGACCUUCUUUGCAAAACAGUGUGUUUUAAUCAAUUAUUUGGGGACGUGAAUAUAUUUAGUAUAGUUUUAUCUAAAAAGGAUAACUUUUUUAAUGUUUUACCAUUUUAAUUUGUAUGAAAUUCACUGAGGAGGAUGGUCCUCCCCUUCCUCCUCUGAGGAGCCUCAACUGAUUGCUGUAUACCAAGCUCCAUUAUGUUAUUUUCCUCUGUUUGUGCUAUGUAGAUUAAUGGCCACAAGCUGGAGAACAUUUCACACAGUGCAGCGGUGGAGCUCUUCCGAUCAGCAGGAGAGGACGUGCGGCUACGCGUUCAGCAGAGGGUGAGUGAGACGUCCACAGGCUCUUCUCGCUCAUCUGAGCCUUCUCAAUCAACCGUCUUGGGCAGGGUGGGUCAUGUUCAUUAGGGCACAUUGUAGCAAAAAGUGUUUUGCAACUGAUAACAGAAAGAAGCAUUUCUUAUUGGACAAAUUCCGAUAGUACUAGGCUAUAUCCCUCGGUCUGAACACAACUCAGAUAUGGUUGUUAGAUGUGUUAUUUUGCUGCCCCUGAAGAAGUCUCUCUGUCCCAACAGCCCACCAUGGCGAUGAAUGGUCCCACCAGCUCCGGGCCAGAUGGGGACUCUUCUGUCUCCUCCUUGGGAAUACUGGUGGCUGUCCUGGGAGCUGCUGCAGCCAUUGCCUUCCUCUACAUGCGCUUCCAGCCACAACUGAGAAGGCACUUUUAACACACUAACUUUCUCAAAGCAUUUUUAACAGCAAAAGCUGGGACUGAACUUUGCUGAAGGCCAA